AUGGACUCGAAAAGAAAUGAGAUUAAAUUGCCAAAUGCAUACAAGAGUAUCUCGCUACUUGAUGUUAUUGAUGUGGUAGAAGAUACCGUUGAGGUAAAGAUGAAAGAUAAAUGCCUUGGUGAGGCAUUGUCAGCGAUCUUGAUGAGUUUUGAUGGUGAGAACAUAGAAGGAUAUGUGGAGACGCCGGAUGCCAUUUGGGCUAUGCAAUUCCCCGAUUAUCUUUCAAUGGUGCAUGAUGUCGAUUUCUUGGACAUGGUGGAGGUUUUCUUGGAGGUAUUCACGGAUGACUUCUCGGUAGUUGGUAAUUCAUUUGAAAGUUUCCUUAAUAAUCUUAGGCAAGUACUCAAAAGAUGCAAGGAGACCAACCUUGUGCUCAAUUGGGAUAAAUGUCACUUCAUGGUGGACGAAGGUAUUUUUCUUGGCCAAAAAAUCUCCAAGAAAGGCAUUGAGGUUGAUCGACCAAAAACUAAAGUUAUUUCCAAGCUUCCUCCUCCCACUUUGGUUAAAGGUGUUCGAAGCUUUUGGAGCAUGCCGAUUUCUAUCGGCAAUUUAUCAAAGACUUCUCAAAGAUUGCGAGUCCCAUCUGCAACAUCCUUGUAA